GUGGGCACAUUCAAAAAAUCGGCUAUUGAGAUACACCAUGCCGCGCUCGCUCUUUGGACUGGGAGGUCUUUGACCCAUCUGGUCACGGAAUGUCUCAAAAAUCGAGUGGGUCGACUACGACCGGACUUCCUGAGUCGAUGUAGAUGGGACACUGCCCUGGCAGCCUGCACAGGGAAAGCAGAUAGCAUACGGGACGGACGAGAAUCGUUCCCGUCGGGUCAUUCUUCUACAGCUUUUGCGGGAAUGACAUUCUUAGCGCUCUGGAUAGCUGGUCAGACGGCUGCAUGGUGCUUCUCUAUUCCGACACCGAGUGGCACACUUGUUCGUACACGCAUGUGCAGAUUCGUUGUGUGUCUGCUACCACUAGCGUAUUCUACCUGGGUUGCAAUAUCCCGCCUUGAAGAUUACCGGCACCACAAAGAAGAUAUCAUCGUCGGCGCUCUGAUCGGUGCCCUAUGUUCGAGCAUAUGUUACUUUAUGUAUUGGCCGAGCCCCUUCUCUGCGGCGAGCUUCAAUUCCGAACAGGUAGGCCGCCCACGCGUCGAUUACGCAGCUUACGAUUACCCCGAGCGGAGAAGCGGUAGUUAUCAACUGACUAGACUGCAAGACGAUACAGAGCAUGUAUGA